GGCGGGGUCAUUGUUCCGGUGCGUCUUCCUGUUUUUGAGCAGGUGACAACACUUGAGCGGCCGCAAACACGCCUGACGUUGACGUCCGUUGAGACUGAAAGUGAAAUGUCUUCAUCGCCUUCCUACCUCUUCCUCUUCCUCCUCGUCCUGCUGCGGGACGGCGGUGCGGCCGAGGACGCCAACUGCUUGGCCAGCUUCCGGUCCGGUCAGGACGACUUCGUGCUGGAUUUGGAGGACGCGGUGAAGGAGGGUGCGGUGCUGUUGGCUGUCGCUGACUCUCCCACAAUGGCCGACUGCCGGCGCGCGUGCUGCGCAGAGUUCAGAUGUAACGUGGCGCUGAUGGAGCCGCGUGACGCGCGCGGCAACCUCACGUGUACGCUCUACGACUGCGUGCACAGGAACCACUUCGUGUGCAGGUUCGUCAAGCGGCAGGGCUACCGCAGCUUCAUCAGAGAGGCCGAGUACCGGAAGUACCUGGAAGGCCCGCUGGGACCAGCUGAGCAGGCUCCGCCCAUCGCCAACGCGGGCCGUGACCGGGUGGUUCAGCCCGGAGCCACCGUUACCCUGAACGGCAUCGAGAGCCUGGCCGUCGGCCACGCCCACAUCGUUGACUAUCGCUGGACGGUGCAGAGCGCAGACGCUGACGUCACUAUGGAGGAGACCGACCUGCCCGACCAGGUGCGGCUCUCCAACCUGCAGCCGGGCAACUACCGCUUCCGCCUGACUGUCACUGACUCCAACGACCAAUCACACAGCGCCGAAGUCGGCGUUCUCGUCUUGAGCCCUGAGCAGUCUACCUUGUACUGCUUGGUGCCGAUGAAGGCGGGGCCUUGUCGCGCCGCCUUUCCUCGCUGGCGUUACCAUGCCGAUACAGGCGAGUGUCAGCCAUUUACGUUUGGAGGUUGUAAGGGGAACCGCAACAACUUCCUGUCAAAAGAUGAGUGCGUGAAGGCCUGCGCUGGAGUCACAGGAGCACCAUCAGAUCAAUCACGCAUCGCUGUGCCAGCUGACGAGGUGUGUGGCGUUGCGUGUCUACCUGGUCAGCUGACCUGCCGUAACGGCUGCUGUUUGGACAAAAGUCUCGAGUGUGACGGUGUGAUUCACUGCAGCGACGCUUCAGAUGAGGACCACUGCAGCCAACUCAAUCAAACGUUCUCUCGGCUGCUUGACAUUGACGUCAAUCAGAGAAAAGCUCGCUGCAUCGAGGCCCCCCGCACAGGCCCGUGUCGCGCCAGUCACACACGCUGGUACUACGACCCGCUGAACGCACGCUGCCAGCGCUUCACAUACGGCGGAUGCAACGGAAGCGACAACAACUUUGUAGAGAAGACGGAGUGUGACCGCACAUGUCACGGCGUGACUGAGAAGGAUGUGUUCGCCACAGGACCGUUUGAACGCCUCGAGGAAGAAGAAAAUGAUUCGAGCUCCAUUGCGCUGGCGGUGGUUCUAUCAGUGGCCAUCUUGGCGCUGCUGGCGAUCCUGGCCUACUGUUUCCUGAAAUCCAGGAAGAAGCGCUUACACCAGAAUGUGGUCGCAAGCCCCGCCCACCAGGCGUCAGAGCAGUACACGCUGGUUUACAAUGACACCACCACCCCUGCCUGACGUCAUCGCUGCAGCCAUGUUGUUUUUGGAAGUUACACAGUGUUUUCUUAUUAAACUUUUUUUUGUACGAAAGUGAAAGAGGCCUUUAUGACGUAAUCUGCCAUGAAUGAU